CCAAAGCCUGGUGACCCUGGAGCCUUUAAAAAGCACCUGGAAGGCACCCAGUGAUGGGAGAUCUCUGGACAGGGAGAUUUCACCUUCUGGAAGCAUGCUGGUGUCCGAGGAGCCCUGUGUCCCAGCAGYGCCAGCAGCCACCAUGCCCCAGGAGCCGCGGCAGACGGAUUUCCAGCUGGUGAGGGUCAAGAGCACAUGGUGCCGCRUCAAGAAAGGAGAAGCCCUUUCCAGUGACGAGGACGAGAUCACUCUCUCUGAGGCAAAAAUAGGUGAGUGCGUCUCCGAAGGCGGGAUUUCCUGGAUCAUCGAAGCUCCCAUCUAUUUUUGCUACAAAGUAGUAGAAACCUACAACAUUCUGGAGCCCUCUAACAGCACCCUGCUCUGGGGUCACCUCACCGACCCCCAGCAGGCAGAGCUCGCUGCCAGCAAGAAGAAAUUGCGGCGCUUCAUCGUCAUCGACGAGGUGGUCGACAAACUUUACGGCACCAAAGUCAGAGAAUACUUCGAGGAGAACAACGUSCAGCACAAAAUCCUCGCCCUGCCCACCACCGAAGAAACCAAAUCCAUGGACUUGGUGCUGAASAUCUUGCACGAGGUGCAGAAGUUCAGCCUGGACCGGCGCACGGAGCCCAUCAUCGCCAUCGGGGGCGGCGUGUGCCUGGACAUCGUGGGCUUGGCCGCGUCGCUCUACCGCAGACGCACCCCCUACAUUCGGGUCCCCACCACCCUCCUGUCCUACGUGGAUGCCAGCGUGGGGGCCAAGAAUGGGGUCAACUUCCUGCAGUGCAAGAACAAGCUCGGGGGAUACACCCCRCCCGUGGCGAGUUUCCUGGACAGGUCCUUCAUCCAGAGCAUCCCUCGGCGGCACAUCUCCAACGGCCUCGGGGAGAUCUUAAAGAUGGCCCUCAUGAAACACAAAGGGCUGUUUGACCUGCUCAAGAGCCAUGGAAAAUACCUGCUGGACACCAAAUUCCAGUCCUGCAAUGGCCUUGCUGACCACGGGGACGCUGCGCUGCAGACCACCAGGAUUGCCAUUGAAACCAUGCUGGAAGAGCUGGCYCCCAACCUCUGGGAGGAUGACCUGGACAGACUGGUGGAUUUUGGCCACCUCAUCAGCCCAGAGCUGGAAAUGAGGGUUCUGCCGUCGCUGAUGCACGGGGAGGCCGUCAACGUGGACAUGGCGUUCAUGACGUACGUGGCGCACGCUCGGGGGCUGCUGGGCGCCGAGGAGAAGGAGCAGAUUCUGCAGUGCAUGCGGGGUCUGGAGCUGCCCCUGUGGCACCGGGGCUGCAGUUGGGCCCUGAUCCAGAGAGCCCUUCGGGAGCGCCUGAGACAYGGCGGGGGCCAGCCCCGAAUGCCCCUGCCCACCGGGCUCGGCGUGGCAGAGAUAUUCAACGACACCAGUGAAGAGACCCUGCAGAGAGCAUACGAGCUGUGGGUCAGGGACUGCAAGACAGUGCUGGAGGAAGAGCUGCAAACCCAAGGAGAUGCUUCUGCCCCAGGCCUGAGCUGUGUGCCACUCUAAGUUAGUGGGCAGAACUCAAUUUUUGAACAAGAUAAAUCCAGAAGCACCCAUGAAACUGCACACACCCCAGAGCUGCGUGGAACAAGCAGAAUAUUGGCAUYUGACCUGAUUUACCUUUUUCAAUUGCUUUGUUUGAAAGGGAAUCUAUUAUUGCCCGAGAAGUGAUUGCUCACAAGUGAAAUCACCAGGUGCCUGCAGUGUAGUUCAGAGCAAGCUGUCUUCCUUCAGGGAGUGUGAGCAGGAUUAUUCAUUUAUUUAGUUAAUCCAAGCUGGGAACUGCCAUGGUUGUCCCACCAUUGCAGGUGUAGCUGACUCACAGACCAUGGCACCAUGCAAAAUCUCUAUGCUAUAUAAAGUAUUUAAAGUAGGUUAUCUCCUUCACUGAUUUUU